AUGACUUCACUACCCUCGAACUAUGGCGACCGCCCGAUCGCUGUACUCGGCGGUGGCGUACUUGGACGUCGCAUUGUAUUCGUGAUUUUCGAUGAUCAGCUAACAAGCAGAAUAGCCUGUACAUGGGCAUCCGGCGGCUACAAUGUCCAAGUCCGCGAACCUGACUCCAAGCAACACCAGCCCUGCCUAGACUACGUCAAGCAAAAUGUAGACACAUACCCAGCAUCAGGUCGUAAGCGCCCAGGAACCGUCAAAGUCUUUACCGAUCUCGAGACCGCCGUCGCAAACGCCUGGCUUGUUAUCGAAGCCGUCCCCGAACGGAUCCAGAUCAAGACAGACACCUUUGCGGACCUAGAAGCCCACGCGCCCGCGGACGCCAUCCUCGCCAGUAAUUCAUCGUCGUACAGAUCCUCAGAAAUGAUCGGUAAAGUGAGGGAUGAGACCAAGACGCGCAUCAUGAACACGCAUUACUACAUGCCUCCACACAACAUGGUUGUCGAGCUGAUGACGGACGGCUUCACGAACCCUGAGAUCUUUCCGUUCAUGACGGAGAGACAGAAGGAGGUUGGAACGAGGCCGUUUACUGCGCGCAAGGAAUCGACUGGAUUUGUUUUCAACCGAUUGUGGGCUGCGAUCAAGAGAGAGACGCUAUCGAUUCUCGCUGAGGGCGUGUCGAGUCCUGAGGAGAUUGAUACUCUUUUCUACGAGCUCAGCAAGCACGGCAAGGGGCCUUGCACGAUGAUGGACGAGGUCGGUCUCGAUACCGUCGCGUUCAUUGAAGACCACUACGUCAAGGAGCGCGGCCUGUCUCCCGAAAACACUGUCGACUUCCUGCAACGCGAGUACAUUUCCAAGGGCCGUCUCGGCAAUAAGUCAACGAAAGGCGGACUGUACCCCCACCUCCCCAAGAUCGUCGCUCUAGAUCUCGGCUUAGCGAACGAGAACGAUGCCUCAACCUCCGGACAGGUUCUCCAGCUCUCAUCGGAAGGCAAGCUAGAGCGCGUCCUCGUCGACCGGCAACACGUUCCCGACGGCAUCGACAUUGACGCCAACGACACCCAACGCAUGAUUUGGACAUGCAUGGGUACACCGGGCAAGCAAGACGGCGCCGUCCUCUCUUCAAACCUCGACGGCACCGACGUCAAGUCCCUCUUCGAGCCUGGCACUAUCAACACCCCCAAACAACUUGUCAUCGAACCCGUCUCCAAGAAAAUUUACUUUUGCGACCGUGAAGGCAUGAAAGUCUACCGUGCCAAUCUCGACGGAAGCGACCUCGAGACCCUAAUCAUCGGUGGCACCGACGCCUUGGAUCUGAAGACGUGGUGCGUCGGCAUUUCCGUCGCGCCAAAGCUGGGCAAGUUCUACUGGACGCAAAAGGGCGCACCCAAGUCCGGGCAGGGCCGCAUCUUUUGCGCGAACAUCGAAAUGCCGGCGGGCAAGACGGCUGAGACGAGAGAGGAUAUUGAGUGUUUCCUCGGUGACUUGCCGGAGCCGAUUGAUUUGGAGGUUGACGAGGAGACGCAUACCAUCUUCUGGACUGAUCGGGGAGAGAUCCCCAAGGGCAACACGCUCAAUCGGGCUAACAUUGACCCUAUGACGGGUUUGCUGUUGUUAUCUGAGGGAUCCAAGAAGUAUGAGAUUUUGGUGAGACACCUCAAUGAGGCGAUUGGUGUUAAGUUAGACCAAGAGAAUGGUCACGUCUACUUCAGCGAUCUUGGCGGCAGCAUUUACCGCUGCAAGAUGGAUGGGUCGGAGAAGAAGAAGAUCUUCUCUGAUGAUAACCGCACUAUUUCUGGCAUUGCGGUUCUCCGGACUUAG